CUCUUUUACGGGUAACUUUAAGAAGAGACCGUGGAGAAUGCUUCUUCUUCUUCUUCUGCCAUGAACCGACUCCACACCGAAAGCUGCCAUCAAACCUGCGGCUAACGCGAGUUGAGAGAAGCUAGCGACAGAAGAAAGAUAACCAUUUGAUGGAAGAAAAGAAAAAGAAAAAACAAGAAGAAAAGACCAAGUCGGACGUCGCUCAGAAAACGGCUGCUGAUCAGAAACCCAAAGUGCCAGAGCCUGCUCCCACUAAGCCCAGUCCCGGCCCACCCCACCACCUCCACCACGCCAGCCCUACGCUGCCCCUCUCCUCCAAUGGCAAGCGCGCCUCCUCCAGUAGCCAACUCCCGACCCAGACUCCCCCUCAGCAGCAGUGCCAGUUGUCCUCUGCCAGUGCUCGCUACCCGCCCAGAGAGGUGCCCCCACGCUUCCGCCAGCAGGAGCACAAGCAGCUACUGAAGAGAGGCCAGCCACUGCCUGCAGGAGCCCUCAGCACGCUCACCCUCUCCUGUUCCUCUUCCUCCUCCUCCUCUUCGCCCUCGGCGUCGUACUCCUCUUCUACGACUGCCAGCACUUACCCAAACUCUUCCACUUCCACUGCGGGCAAACGCCACCCAGACAUAGCCCUCCAGAGUGGCUCUGUUGCCCAGUAUGAGACCUCUCAUUGGGGAGACUCUUUGCCAGUUGACAGCGCCUGCAGUGCCAACCGCUGGGACAAAGUGAUUAUUGACCGAAGUGACAAAGAAGUUUGGCCCUCCAUCAGCCGCAUUAGUGACCCCGGCCACCCCGCAGCCCCAGAAUGCUCUUUGGGCUCAGCUAGCUCUACCACAGACACGAGUGCUGUCACUACCACCAGUAGUAAUAGUUUUCUGAGUAUGGCCACAGGUGCCGCAGGCCAGCAGGCCCACUACUCCUCUCUUAAAGCUAACAAUAACAUGAUGACGGGACCUGGGUCAGCCAACACAUGCAGUAGUAGAGGCUGGGGCUCAGAUGGGAAACAAGAUGGUAUGAAUGGUGGUCGAGUAGGGGCACCCAAUAACUGGGGCUCUACCAAUUUUAACUUGAACCUCAAUCCCAAUGCCAACCCAUCAGCUUGGCCUGUUCUGGGCCAGGAGGGUGGUGGAGGUUGUGGUAUUGGCCCCAAUGUGGUAUCAAACUCCCCAUCCCUCCCACCAGGUAUUAAUGGAAACAUGGGAAAUGGAAGCCUGGGCGGUGCGGAUAAUGGCGGGGGAGGUUGGGGUGGCAUGAUGAGUGCUAAUGAAAAUGAUCAACAGCACCCUUCAACUAACACAAGCUUGUCCUUCAAAAUGGAACCUUCUAACCUUAACAAUGAUGGACCAAACCACACUAAGCAGCAGCAGCAAGCUCAGGAGCCUAUGAGCCCUAUCCAUGGGAUAACUGGCUGGGGAGGCCAGUCACCCACUGAAUCAUCCCAGCUGAAUGGAGACACAACAGGCAGCUCUGUAUGGGGUAGUGGAGAAACCAAGGCUGCUGACUCUCCCAAGGACCCAGGCUGGGACUCAACUCCCUCUGGAGGCCUUUCUGGUUGGGGCCGGCAAGGCAGUGGUGGUGGGAGUAGUGGAAGUGGUGGCUGGUGUGACUGGGGGAAAACCUCUGGCGGCGGAGAGGCAUCUAAAGGCUGGGACUCAGUAGAUGCUGGAAGCUCUGGUUCAGGCCAAGAGCAGCAACAUAGCUCAUGGGGGCAGCAGCCCAGAACAGCCCCAGCGAGCGACGGUAGUGGGGCCAGCAGUGAAAGUCAAUCUGGCCGAGACAGGUCCUCCAGCACGGAUUGUACCCCUCUUCUACCCCGGCAGGACCUGGACCCUAGGGUGCUGAGUAACACGGGUUGGGGACAGACCCCGAUCCGACAGCACACUGUAUGGGAGAUGGAAGAAGCCAACUCGGAUGAAGGAAAGAUCAAAAGUAGCUCAGCCUCCACAGGAUGCUCCAGCUCUAAUGUUAGACCCUCAUCCAUCAAUGGAAGUACCAUCAACCCAAAAAUGGGCCCUAGUCAGAGGCCUGUGUCUGGAGAAAAAAGUGACAAUGAAGGAUCAUCAUCAUCCUCUGGCUGGAGAGCCCCUCCACCUCAGCCUAUCCAAACUGGAUCAGGAUGGGGGGACCCUCCACAGUCACAUAGCAAAGCGCAGAAUGGCAAUACCAGUGGCUGGGGGGACACUUUGCCUCCCAAUGCUCCCAGAAAUAAAGGCACACCCUCCUGGGGUUCUGAGGAAAAGUCUUCCAGUUGGGACGAUGGCAUGACGAAAAGUCAGCCGACUAACUGGGGAGAGGGCCCCAAAAGCUCCCAUGGAUGGGGCAACAGUAAUGGCGGCUCCAACGGCACAAGCACAGGGGAGUGGGGAGAGGCGGAGGUCAAGAAGAAUGGAUCAUCCAGUAGCAUGUGGGAAGGUGAAGGAGGUAAUGGAGGCAAUGGAGGUAAUGGAGGAAAUGGUGGCUGGAAGGAGAGCCCCAGGGGAGGAAAUAGAGGAGGAGGGGGAGGAGGAGGCUGGAAUAAGCCUGCUCAUGCUCCUGCUCCUGCUCCUACUCCUGCUCCUGCUCCUGCACCUGCACCUGCUCCCGCUCCUGCUCCUGUUGUGAGUAAUAGCAGCUGGGGGGAGAUCCCACGUGCCAAUGGCCCAGUGCAGGGGAACUGGGGCUCUUCUAAGGCCCAGGAAAGCAGCAGCAGCAGCAGCAAUGGCAGCGGAGGAGGUGGCAGCAUGGGUUCAUGGGGUGGUCCUGGUACUGUGAAGCAGAACUCAUCGAGCUGGGGAAAUGGCAGCAAACAGGACCAAGGCAUGGAUCCCACUGGCUGGGAAGAGCCCUCCCCUCCCUCUAUCCGCAGGAAGAUGGAGAUUGACGAUGGAACGUCCACCUGGGGCAAUCCUGGCACCAACAGCAAGACUGUCAACAUGUGGGAUCGCAAAAAUCCUAAUAAUAACCCAGGCAACAGUGGCCCACCGCCCAGUAAGGGUGGUGGAGUGGUCGUCCCCAACAAUAACAACAACAAUCACUCUGUCGGCCCUGGCAACAACAAUCCCCAUCACACCCACCACAUGCACCACCACCCCCAUCAUGGCCAGCCCCCACCUCACCUGCAACACCAUGGAAACAACAAUGGGUCAUCCAACCAUGGCCCCCAACAUCCAAGUGUUGGACUCCAGGGUAGACCCCCCCUCACCAACCCAGGUUGGGGAGAAGUUCCCAAUGUUCAGCCCAAGUCAGAGCCUGCUUGGGGAGAGCCAGCUGCUCCAACAUCAUCUGUGGACAAUGGCACCUCUGCCUGGGGAAAGUCAGGAGGAGGAGGAGGAGGAUGGGGAGACGGUGGCCACGAGUCCUCUGGUCCCUAUGGCAGGGCCAACGGACCCACAGGUUCUUCAGCCUGCAAGCCAGGUCCCAAACCUAUGCAAGAUGGCUGGGGAAAUGGAGGGGAGGAGAUGGGCAUGUCUAGCGGCCAAUGGGAUGCUGAGGAUGGGGACAUGUGGAACAGCCCCACCUCCCAGGAGAGCAGCUCUUCUUGCAACUCCUGGGGCAAUGGACCCAAGAAGGGCCCGAGCAAGUGCAAGAUGGGCAAGCCAGAUGAAGCUUGGAUCAUGAACCGUCUCAUCAAACAGCUCACUGACAUGGGCUUUCCAAGAGACCCUGCUGAGGAGGCUUUGAAGAGCAACAACAUGAACCUUGACCAGGCCAUGAGCGCCCUGUUGGAGAAGAAGACGGACCUGGACAAGCGGGGCAUGGGCAUGUCUGACUACAGCAACGGCAUGAACAAGCCCAUGGUGUGUCGGCCCUCUGCUCUCUCCAAAGACCCCUCAGACCGCACAUCCUUUCUUGACAAGGACGGUGUUCUGUCAGAUGAUGCCCCCCCAUCACCGUUUCUGCCUUCCCCCAGCCUGAAGCUCCCCCUGGCCAACAGUAGCCUUCCUGGGCAGGGUCUGGGACAGGGCAACCCGGGGCUGGCCAUGCAAAACUUGAACAACAGACAGAUGCCCAGUGGAAUGUUUGGCAGUAGUGGAGCAGCACAAACCCGGGCGAUGCUGCAGCAGCAUCAUCAGCAGCAGCAGCAGCCACCAGUGCCACCUCUCAGCUCCUCCCAGCCUAGUCUACGUGCUCAAGUGCCUCAGUUUCUCUCCCCUCAGGUCCAAGCACAGCUCUUGCAGUUUGCAGCAAAAAACAUUGGCCUGAACCCUGCACUUUUAACCUCACCAAUAAACCCUCAACAGAUGACCCUCUUGUACCAACUUCAGCAACUGCAAAUGGCGUACCAGCGUUUACAAAUCCAGCAGCAGAUGAUGCAGGCGCAACGCAAUGUUUCCGGCCCCAUUAGACAACAAGAGCAGCAAGUUGCGCGUACAAUCACCAACAUGCAGCAGCAGAUCCAGCAGCACCAGCGUCAGCUGUACCAAGCGCUGCUGAUGAAGCAGCAGCAACUUCCCCCUCACUCCUCCUCCUCCUCCUCCGCCGGUAUGCAUAACCCCGGCGGUCCCUCCGGAGGCCACGGUUCCGGCAAAUCAACCCACGACCCCUACGCAGGCGCACACCAGGCUCCGGGCCUAGCCGACACACUGCACACCAAAGAGCCGCCGUCUUCGCCCAACGCCUACAGCACCUACCCUCUCUCUGGACUAAAUCCAAACAUGAAUGUAAACUGCAUGGAGGUUGGGGGUAUGUCCCUGAAGGAGCCCCCUCAGCCCCAAUCCCGCCUGUCCCAGUGGACACACUCUCACUCCAUGGACGGCAUCUCUGGCAACUCCUCUAACAUGGAGAACAACCUCAAUAAGCACGGUGCCAUAUCUGCUGCCUCUACCCUGGGUCCCCCCGGGAAGCCCCACCAUCUGGAGGACUCGUACAGCCCUUACAAUCUAAUGUCCCGCUCUGAGUCCCCCACCAGCCCAAUGGUGCCCCACGACAGCUGGGGCCAGAGCCAGGGCCAGGGCAAGAGCCCCAAUGAAAAGAUCUCCAAUGGGACCAACAUUAACUGGCCCCCAGAGUUCUGCCCAGGUGUGCCAUGGAAGGGCCUUCAGAACAUCGACCCCGAGAAUGACCCCAACAUGACCCCUGGCAGCGUCCCCAGCGGCCCCACCAUCAACACCAACAUCCACGACGUCAACCGAUACCUGCUGCGGGACAGGAAUGGAGCCACUUCCCCAGCUCUGCCAGCUCUGCCUCCGACCAGCAACGACUGGCCAGUCUGUGGCUACUCGAGCUCUUUUCAGUCUCUUUCGUCCCCUGACGGAGAAGGCUCAGGCAAGCUGUCUGACAUGAAGUCCACCUGGUCCCCGGGGCCCAUCUCCCAGGGCCAAUCCUCUUUGUCCCACGAGCUGUGGAAAGUCCCUCAGGGGCCGCGCAGCAACGCUGCCCCUUCUCGGCCCCCACCAGGCCUCACCAACAACAAACCCUCCUCCACCUGGGGCGGCAACUCGCUGGGCCUGGCCCAAGGCUGGAGCGCCUCCUACACCGCUGAGGGAACCACCUGGAGUACUGACAGCCCCAGCAGGACCAGCAGCUGGCUGGUGCUGAGGAAUCUCACCCCACAAAUUGAUGGUUCGACUCUGCGGACGCUGUGCAUGCAGCACGGCCCCCUGAUCACAUUCCACCUCAACCUGACCCAGGGGAACGCCGUGGUGCGCUACAGCUCCAAGGAUGAGGCCGCAAAGGCCCAGAAGUCUCUGCACAUGUGUGUGCUUGGGAACACCACCAUCCUGGCGGAGUUUGCCGGCGAGGAGGAGGUGAACCGCUUCUUUGCACAAGGCCAGUCCCAGUCCCAGUCCCUGGGGGCUAACACCACUAGCUGGCAGGCUAACCCAGUAGCCAAUCAAAACCGGAUGGGCGGGGCAGCACAGUCCCACCCUAUGAACCAGUGGAGCAGCGGCGGUGGCUGCGGAGGCAAGUCCAGCGACCUGCUGUGGGGCGGUAUGCCACAUUACUCCAGCCUGUGGGGGCCGCCGGGCGGAGACGACGCCCGUGUGAUUGGGAGCCCCACCUCCAUUAACACCCUGCUGCCUGGAGAUCUGCUGAGUGGAGAGUCCAUGUAGGACGAUGCCACGAUACACUAACCGACCAACCACCACCACCACCAUGUCACGUAAGCCAUCGGUGGUGGGUGGGUAGAGAAAGAAAGAAAAUACAAAACAAAACAAAAAAUGUCAAUAUGAACAGGAGCAAAACCCAAGCAAAUCAUGUGGCGAUAAUCAGUAUCAAUUUGAACUGUGAAUUGUGAAUCAGAUGGCUGGAGUCCCAACCACAGAGACUCCAGACUCCAGUCCUUCUGUUUUGCUGUUGUCCGUUUUUUGUUUGGUUUACCUUACCUUUUUUGGUAUUUUUUUUAAUGCAUCGUACAAAACGAACUAAAACGAGACACAAUACAAAGAAACCUUUGAAGUGUUUUUAGUUUUUUUCCAUAAGUAUACAUGACAUUCUGUGUGAAAUUGUUUUUGAAGACUGUUUUUAGGAGAAGCAAUCAAAGCUGCCAUCUGAGACUUUUCCCUCCAAAAAAAGAAGAAGAAGAAGAAGAAAAGAAAAUCAUCCCAAAAUAAGACUUAAAACGACCAUUCCCAGCAUGUCCAUGGCCAAUGAUGUGGUUCAAAGACCUUUACUAGUUCUGUUCACGUUUGUUUCUCAGCACUAAUAUUAGCCUUAAGUGCUCUCUGGCCCAGGUCCUUCCCAAGCAGCCUUUUUUUUUGUUUUUGUUUUGUAAUUGAAGAAAUUGCUGAAAUCUUGCACAGUUUCACCUCUGAACCAGCAAGUGGUACAGGACGUGACUGGUGACCAGCUCGGUCACUGGGCAGUAAGAAGUCCUGGCCACGUGACUGGCCCUACCAAUCAUCAGCUUAAUUAUUUGGGUUUCUCAAAGGGAUUGACAGAGCUGUAAAAUGUUCUCUCUUUUUUUUUUCUUCUUUUUUGUUGUUGUAGUUUUAGGCCCAAGCGCGUUUUUUGAUAUCUACAAUAUAUAAGCUGAGAGAAGAUUAUUUGUCAACCUCGCUGCGUGUCUCUGGUUCCGUCCAGUGGCAACUAAUCACUGCAGGCCCAGAUCCUUCUGGGCACCUUCAAUCCAGUCGCUUACUGGUGCUUUGUUGAAUUUUCUAUUGUCCGAUUUGUCGUGAAGCCCAGCGGUCUGUACGGUCAGCCAGGACAC